AUGGCCUGUGACCGCCUUGCUGCCAUCCGAAAAGCCCUGCACACUGGGACCCUCCUAGAGGCCACCACGCCCAGCCCCGUGGCAACCAGCCACUCUGUGACAUCACCCCCGGGGCCAAGUGCAUCCUGGGCAACAGGGACCUGCGGGCUCCGGCCCAUGGCUUUUCAGUACGGCAUGUCGCGCGUCGUGGGUGGCACAGAUGCCCAGGCAGGGGCCUGGCCCUGGAUCGUCAGCAUCCAGAAUCCCUGGCAAGCGGGCACGGGUCAUACCUGCGGAGGCUCCCUCAUCAGCGCACAGUGGGUCCUGACAGCAGCCCACUGCUUCAUCGAGGCCAGCUACAUCACCAUGUGGCGCGUGGUGAUCGGUGCCACGCGGCUGACUCAGCUGGGCCCUGAGGCCCAGGUGCGCAACAUCAAGCGGCUGCUCCUUCACCAAGGCUACAGUAACAUCACGCAGAGGAACGACAUUGCCUUGCUGGAGCUGGACCAGCCUGUGCAGUGCAACGCCUACGUUCAGCUUGCCUGCGUGCCCGAUGCCUCGCUGAGAGUCUCGCAGCUGAAAAACUGCUACAUCAGCGGCUGGGGUGCCACGACUGCAAGAUCUGGACGAUCAACGGAUGUGCUGCAGGAGGCCCAGGUCCGCCUCAUUGAUGUCAACGUCUGUAACAGCAGCCGGUGGUACAGAGGGGCCAUCCACACGCACAACGUCUGUGCUGGCUAUCCGCAGGGCAGCAUUGACACCUGCCAGGGGGACAGCGGUGGGCCUCUCGUGUGCCAAGACAGCAGUGCAGACUACUUCUGGCUUGUUGGUGUCACCAGCUGGGGGAGAGGCUGUGCCCGAGCCAGGCAGCCCGGAGUCUACACCUCCACUCAGCACUUCUACGACUGGAUCCUGCUACAGAUGGGCCUGCGCCCAGCAGUCUUUGUAGCCUUCUUGAUUGGUGCUGACGUGCGGAAUCAAACUCUACAACUCAAGGAGGCUUAUCAAGCAGACAACAUAGUUCUUGCUUACAACGUAGCUAGUCGAUCGGUAUCGACACGUGCAGACCGUAGUGUCCUUGUUAGUCAGUCCGUUAAACACAAGUGCUGA